GCAAUGGAUGAAGAUGGCUGAUCCGCUUCGUCGUCCAGAACAAAUAUCACCGAAGUCGAGUCCCAGAGACAGAGGAUCCCGAUCUCCGGCGUAUGUUCCGCGACAAGACUCAACAGGAACCCUGAAGACAACAAUAAGCCUGGGGAAAGUGCCCUCUGUAAUCCACACGGGUCCAUUCUAUCUCCUAAAAGAUGUACCUGAAAAAUCUGAAAUCACUGGAAGCACCAACUUAUUCCGAAGUCAUGGGCUGGAACAUUCAUACAGCAAGUUCUGUGGAAAGAAAGUUAAAGAUGAACUUAGCUCCUUCCUUCCCCACCUUCCAGGGAACAUUGACACACCAGGGAUGUCAGAUAACAGUGUAUUGCUUGCAAUAUCUCGUUGCAGUUCUUUGCGGUCACUCAUUGAGAAGCCUCCGAUCACAGGGAAAGAGCUGACACCUCUUUCUGGAUCUGGAUUGGCUGGAUUCCGACUUCACCCUGGUCCUUUGCCGGAGCAGUAUCAAAUGAUGAACCUGAUGACGCAGAAGAAGAAACACAAACACAAGAAGAAGCACAAGGAAGGCGACAAGGGCAACACUCUCCAGGAAACACAGACUGACAACACGGCCGAUGCUGAGGCGAAGAAACACAAGAAACCAAAGAAAGACGAAGAGCAAAAAGACGCCAACAGUCGGAGGAAAAAGAGAAAAGACAAGAAAAAGAAAAAGGUUACUGAACAUGUCUGAUCUUAAAUAUGACAUUUCAAAAUACCUAUUUAUCUUCAGCCAGAAACACAGCCCAGAACACACAUCUACACACGGUGAUCCAGUGUGACAGAAAUCUGCAUCGUUUAUCAUCACAUUUGAAAUGUGACUUCACAGCAUGAACUGCUGCCAAUGUUUUAUAAGUUAUUUACCAGCAUCUGUCAUAAAGACCAGUGCACAUUGCUGUUUUUAUUCAUUUGUGUGAAAUCAUCGUGGUCAUUUUACUGUGCAUUGCAUUUGGACAGAAUGCAAAGUGGUUUGUUGUGUUUACAUGUAUGUUGACAGUGUAUUUUUUUUUAUUUAUUCUCACCAUCUUGAGAAUAAAUGGUGUAUUUAUAGUGAAAUAGACUAAA